AUGCGGUUCACCGCGUUACUAAGCGUAGCCCUCCCAGCAGUGGCAGAGCUUCUCCGCCCCGAUGGUAUAUCCUUGAGCCUGAACGGGACAAACUAUUUCUUAUCGCCAUCGCUUCGAGAGACUUUACCAACAGGCCUCAUUCCAGCCACCAUCGCUACAAAUUCUUUGGCAUUUGUGCCGGUUACUAUCGUUGGCAAUAAUACCGCUCAAGAUGAUCUCCCCAAACUGUUCAGAAGCUGGGCGCAAAAGGACGACGUUUGGCAACCUGUCUUCUCUGAAUUGGUGGUACUUUUGAAGUCGCCUGGUUGUAAAUCAACAACGACAAACUCCCUCGCGAGUAUUCGAUCGGUCGUAUCUUGCUGGGGUAAAGCUCCGGAAAUUCCCUCUGGGCCCUACUUCUUAGACCCAUACAGAGGAAGCCUGCAUCAAGUGUAUCGGCUGUACGAUGACUUCUCCGGUAGCUUUCUGGAGUCGAUUCUCCAGUCGCCAGACGGAACCUUUCAGACUCUCCCAGCGCAUGCUCCCGGUAGCAGUUCUCUCACCAUUGGAGUUCCGUCGCGUUUAUACUUCACCCGCACGAAGGACAAGCCGCUGGCAGGCGUUCGAGUGGGAGUCAAAGACCUUUAUGACCUCAAGGGUGUCAAGAGCUCUCGGGGCAACCGUGCUUGGUACAACCUCUAUCCCGCGGCGAACAAGACAGCACCAGCUAUCCAGAACCUAAUCGACGCUGGAGCCGUCAUUGUCGGUACACAGAAGCUCUCCCAGUUUGCGAAUGGGGAGAAUCCAACGGCAGAUUGGGUCUCGUACCUUGCGCCGUUCAACCCACGCGGAGAUGGGUACCAAGGUCCAUCCUCGUCCUCAUCGGGUGCGGGAGCAUCUAUAGCAUCUUACCCUUGGCUGGACCUUGCUGUUGGGAGUGACACUGGAGGCUCUAUACGUGGACCUGCUGGCGUGUCAGGAGUUUUUGGCAAUAGGCCUACUCAUGGCCUUGUCAGUCUGGACCACGUGAUGCCGCUUUCACCCAAGAUGGACACAGCGGGUUUCCUGACUCGCGAUCCGGAGAUCUGGGGAGCAGCGCAGGCGGCCAUGUAUAAAGAAAACUACACCACUUUUUCGGAAAAGAAUACUCAGUACCCGCGGACGAUUUAUACUGCAGGUUUCCCAGGCAAUGACACCCGGCAGGGCGCAAUACUGCACCAAUUCGCCAACGAUCUCGCUGAUUUACUGGCCACCAAUAUUACAGAAUAUAACAUCAGUCAGCACUGGGCUUCAACCGGUCCAAAGUCCGUUCGAGACACCCCGUUGACGGAGUUUUUGAACUUGACCUAUGCUGCUCUUAUUACCAAGGAGCAGAUUGCUUUAGUCAAAGAGCCAUUCUUCAGAGACUACGCUGCCGCUCAUGAUGGUCGCCUGCCUUACGUAGACCCAGCACCUAGCGUGCGGUGGGCAUGGGGCGAAAGCCAGCCAGACUCCAUCCUCGACGACGCCAUCAGGAACAAAACCGUCUUCAUGAACUGGUUCAACCAGAAAGUUCUUCCAAAGGAUAAAGAUCCCCACCGAUGCUCAUCUAGCAUCUUACUACACUCCGAAAGCACUGGGAGUUUCGGCCGGCGCGACGUCUAUCGUGACCCUCCUACCGUUCCCUUUGGCUGGACAUUGAGCAGAAUUUCCAUCUUUAGCGAAGCACCGGAUAGUGUCUAUCCAAUUGGGGAAGUGCCGUAUUCUAGUGAUAUCACUAACCAUGAGGAGAGCUUGCCUGUGACGGUUGACAUCAUGGUGGCGAAAGGUUGCGAUGGCCUCAUACCAAGGUUGGCUCAGGAACUUGUUGGACAAGGCAUAUUGAAGAUUCCAAAGUCUGGCGGGAGUAUAUUAGGAGGAGAGGUUUUGUUUUAG